AUGACCCCAGCCGGCCGUGCUGACCCCGAGACUGAGCCGUAGCUGCCGACCCGCCGCCCCGCGAGGCGCGGCUGCCUCCGUUCGCGGGGGAUGACCGAAGCUGCACACAGCCGCAGCGGCAGCCGGCACCGGAACCUGGACAGCUGGUGUCCGGGUGAAAGCAGCUGCAGUGAACGUUCCAUCAACGAGCGUGACUUCCUCGCCGAUGUAGACUACGAGUGGCUCUGCGGCUACGGCUGCGGGCCGGCUCGCGCUCCGCAGGCGUACAGCCCCGAUCUGAAGGGCGGGCCGGCGCCGCUGGCUGACGCCCAGCUCUACAGCGAGCUCUCCUACCAUGUGGACGCCACGCUGGCCGAGGUAGACAUGGAAGAGUUCUACCGCGGCGACAUCAACCGCAUCCUCGAGAUCUCCGGCUACGGCGGCGAACUGUAUGAGGAGGAGAAGGAGCAGUCGUCGGCGCUCUUCUCGUCCACCAAGGAGCAGGCGGUGUUCAACACGAUCUCGAUGGAUUCGCUGGACUGCUCUUCGUACGAGGCGGAGAACAUAGCCCGCUCGUGCCGCACCAACAUGAACAACUACACCAUCGCCUUCGAGGCCAGCAUGACGAGCAGCAGCAACGACCCCAGACGGGACCCUGCCCCGGUGGACAACGUGGCGGCGCGCUGCCACCAGCCGUUCCACCACUCGGCCGGCCCGCUGACGACCUGGUGUGAGCAGCGGCCGCGGCCGCCGGGCUCCGCGCCGGCCAGCGCCCAGUCCAAGAGCCUGCCGGACGCACUGAUGAACGCGCCGUUAUCCGGCUCGGUGCUCGUGUACGACGUGAACCAGUCGCAGCACGAGGCCAACACGUCGCUCUUCCGGUUGUUCGUGCGGCAGCGGCACGAGCAGCUGGCGUCGUCCAGCUGCGGCCAGUCGUCCAGCGAGCUGCUGACGGCGCACAGCGACAGUUGCCCCGACUGUCCGAUGAAGAGCGAGUCGGAGAGCGAGCCGGGCGGCGAGCGGCCUGACGCUUCGAGCGGACGCGGCCGGGCCGGCCGGCGCGAGCAGGCGAGGCGCGGCCCGCCGCACGUCGACCACUGCAUCCAGACGUCGGCCACGCUGUCCGGACGGCCGUCACCGCCCGGCCGGACGUCGCUCUACGUCUGCUACCCACACUACUCGAUGCCGAACCUCCAGUUCCUGGAGCAGUGCCCUAUCCAGGCGUCCGUGCAUCUGUGUCCACAGGCGCCGCCGCCGGCGCCGGCACGCGCCGAGACCGCCGCGCGCCGCAAGACCCGCCGGCCCUAUUCGUGCAGCGAUGCCGAGACGCUGCGCGGCAGCAACCUCUCGCACAUCCGCGACUGGGGUUCGCUGCGGCUGCUGCUGCCGCGCGACUUCCAGCGCGUGGUGGAAGAGCUGGGGUACGGCCCGGCGGACGGCGCGGCCGCCUGCGCCGCCACCGCCCGUCGCUCGCUGCAGGAGCCCCUCGAGCUUUGGCUGCACGGCGCCGCCAGCUUCGCGGUCAGCAGUGAACGCGAGCUGGAGCGCAUGGCCGGCGCCAAGACACCGCCGCGGCUGAACGACUCGGGCGAGGCGGGCAAGGCAAAGCGCGUGAGCUUCUCCGACAGCCACCAGGAGAUCGAGGACGGCGGCGAGCGGCAGGACGCGCGCAUGCGGCUCGUGUUCGGCGAACGCUCCGAGUGCGUUGUGAAGUCGCGCACGCCCUCGCCGUCGCACCCCAAGCGCGUCAUCAUCGUCGAGAAGGAGAGCUUCAAAGGUCUUCUGAACCCACUGAUUGAGGCGGUCGACGAGAUCGUCUCGUACUUCCAGGAGGGCUUCGACAUGGACAACGGUGGAGGCGGCGGCCACCGUCCGGCCAGCGGUUACCUGGUGCUGGACCGGCUCUGUCCUGCGCUUUACAUGAUCCUGAGUCAUGGUCUCCUGACCACCCUCGACACGGCUUUCGGCGAGGUUCAGAACAGCGGCUGGCGGAUCGUCGAGUCGGUCACUUCUCUCGGAACCUGUCCUCAAGCAUUGCAGGAUCUGGUGAUGAAGCUGAACAACGAAGACGGGCUCUCGGAGGGAGUUCUCAAAUUCAAUGCAUUCAUCUUCGGCUUGCUAAACACGCAGUCCCUGGACUCGUGGUUCUCCUACCUGAGGACGCGAGAGUCGGUCGUGCGCAAGCACUACUCCCCGGAGGCGCUGCUGUACCACGCCAACUGCGCGGCCCGCGCCGAGUACGACACGCUGGUGCUGCAGCUGCAGCGGCUGGCGCAGCUCGCCUUCCAUAUCGACCUGCUCUUCGAGAGCCGCAUGCUUUACCAGAGCCUGGGCCGGCUGGGGGAGCGCACGGUGGACGCGGUGGACGGCCAGCCGGCCGACGCCAGGGCCGACCACAAGCGCUGGAGUGGGCUUGACCUCAGCUCGAAGCUGCUGCAGGCGCUCGAUGCCAUCCUCUCCGAGAGCUCCGCCAACGAACUCGACGACCGAGACGACGACGAUCGAGACGACGACGACGGCGACGACGGGAAAGGUCUCGACGAAGCCGAGGAGGAAGAGGAGGGAGCGAAGGCGCCCACGCUGCCGUCAAGGUCGCCGCUCUCCGUCGGUGAGCCGAAGCUGAAGGCGCGAUGCCCGAGCGCCGCCCGCCCCACCAGACCCGGCGAUCGCCAGUGCGAGCCCGACGCCGCCCCGAAAACCAAGGUUCUGGCGCCCAAGACCAACAAGGACAAGUUCCACAAGCUGCAGCAGCAGUGGGAAAAGAUGGCCAAGGGCCAGACGCCGGGCAGGAGAGAAUCGCGUAUCCCGCGCCCGGCGGGCGGCGGCGGCGGCCUGAAACGGCGACACCCGCGCAGCGAGGCGGCGGCCGGCGCCAGGCUGCUCAGUCCCAAGGAGGAGAAGGACGAGGAGAACCGCGCCAAGGGCGGCCGGGCAGCCGGCGGCCACGGCCGGCCGCGCGAGUCCCGGCUCCGAGCGGCGCGCGAACCAACGACGCCCGGAGCGGAUGGGAAGCCGACGAAACGGGUCCGCUCCCUGGCGCACUACCACGCGUCGGACCGCAGCUACCUGUCCUACAACCGGCACGACGCCAUGAGCGUGGUGGGCGUGGUCGACAAGGACUGGCUCCUCUGCGCCCGCAACGACCGCGUCGGCCUCGUGGCUCGCAAGAACGUCCUGGACGUGCUGUGAGCGCGCACGCGAGCGGGGGCGCUCUGGGCCCGCUCCGGGCGCGCUGCCGCGCUCUGAGUGGUCUAGACGCGCUCGAACGCCGGCGCAGCUCUGCGCGAGUGACCGGCGGCUCGAGAGGACGGACUCCUCUGCGCGGGGCCGCAGCAGCGGUCGAAUUCAAACCUCGUGGCCAAAGCUUUUCCGUGUAGGCUGUCAUCCGCGCCCGCCGCCGUCUCCGUGUGUAACCGCGCCAGCUGCUCUCCCGUUCUCUCCUCUCCUGUCUCUCUCCUCUCUCUCCCCCCUCUCUCUCUCUUUCCGUCUCUCAUGAUCCCAUCGUUGCACGUCUAUAUAAUCACCCCAGGCGAAGUCGGAGGACGGCGCGCGGCGAUCCCCGGCGCAUCUGCGGGGGACGCACGUGCCACAGACACGGCCCGCCCGUCGGCCACGGACUGUAUUCAGCAUGGGGCAUUGGGUCCGGCGCAACACAUGAUCUCUGGUGUAUCGCGAGUCAUAGUGGCUAGGAGCGCCUCCACGGAAACGUUCUGUCAGCACUCUUGCGGAGGAGCGGCGACGAAUCCCCGCAGGGAGGGGAAGGGGCGCGAGGUCGCCCUAGCUGCGAGAGCGGGGAAAACGUGCAAUGUCCGCAUCCCGGUUGUAUGCGUUUCUCUUUCCAAGUGUCGUCGCGUGCUCCGUUCUCCUGUAUAGACCUGCGGAACUCUGUGUUCGUGAUCGGUAGUCGGCAAUAGGUGCGUUUGGUUCAGUGCCGUCCCACGAAUUAGUGAGCGCAUCCUUCGCCGCGCACAGUGCAUCUGUCGAUACUUUGAGCAGGCAACUGCACAUACGCAUAUCUUCUCGCCCAUUUCUGUUUGCCAUGUCUAUUGUUCCAAAUGGAGUCGAUAGUAAAUACAUAUACAUU